AUGGCUUCGAGACACGUGCAAUACAAAAAUGUUGGAAAGGAUAGCGAGGCAUUACGUAAAAGUCGAUUUGAGAAUAUUGUAAAUAUUCGAAAGGAUAAGCGUGAAGAAACGUUGUCGAAACGUCGAAAUAUUCCUUCCGCAGUUGAUUCGGAUGAUGCUUCGACAAGUGCUAUAUCAUCUCCCAAUGUUGCAUAUGAUAAAGAUCUAUUGAUGGAAAUAGUAACUAAAGCACAAAGUACUGAUCUUGUCGAGCAAAUGAAUGCCGCGCGUAAACUGUUAUCUUCCGAUCGCAAUCCACCUAUAGAUGAUCUUAUUGGGUCCGGCAUUCUGCCAGUUCUUAUCAAUUGCUUGAAAUCGGAAAACGUAAAUUUACAAUUCGAAGCUGCUUGGGCUCUAACAAAUAUUGCAUCUGGUACAUCGCAACAAACUGAAGCGGUUGUUAAAGCUGGCGCUGUGCCUCUUUUUCUUGAGCUACUUUCUACGUCGUCUAAUAUGAAUGUUUGUGAGCAGGCUGUGUGGGCUCUUGGAAAUAUCAUUGGAGAUGGACCUGUCUUCCGUGAUUAUUGCGUGAACCUUGGAAUAAUGGAGCCUCUUCUAAAAUUUAUAACACCUGAAAUUCCCAUUGGGUUCUUACGUAAUGUCACUUGGGUUGUUGUUAAUCUCUGUCGAUCUAAGAAUCCUCCACCGUCAACGGAAUUAGUGCGAAUGUUAUUGCCGGCAUUAUCAGUCCUCAUUCAUCAUACUGAUCAAAGUAUCAUUGUUGAUACAGUUUGGGCGAUAUCUUAUUUAACUGAUGGUGGUAACGAUCAAAUACAGAUGGUUAUCGAUAGCGGUGUGGUUGCCCAUCUAGUUCCACUACUUUCGCAUCCAGAGGUUAAGGUACAGACAGCUGCAUUACGAGCUGUUGGUAAUAUUGUCACUGGCACUGAUGAGCAAACACAACGUGUGCUUGAUUGUGGCGUUCUUAAUCAAAUGCCUGCUUUGCUUACACAUUACAAAGAAAAGAUAAACAAAGAAGCAGCUUGGUUUCUUUCUAAUGUCACAGCUGGGAAUCAGUCUCAGGUGCAAGCAGUUAUUGAUGCUAAUCUAAUACCAUUGAUAAUCAAUCUCUUAUGCAGUGGAGAUUUUCAAACUCAAAAAGAAGCAGCUUGGGCCGUAUCAAAUGUAACAAUUAGUGGUCGACCUGAUCAAGUGGAUUAUAUGGUUAAUCAAGGUUUCAUUCAGCCUUUCUGUGAUCUGUUGACCAUUCGUGACUCGCAAAUCGUUCAAGUUAUUCUUGAUGGACUUAAUAACGUUCUAAAAAUGGCUGGUCCACGAACUUCGCAGAUUUGCGCGUUAAUUGAAGAGUGUGGUGGUCUUGAUAAAAUUGAACAUUUGCAAGAACACGAAAAUGAAGAUAUUUAUAAGCUCGCUUAUAACAUUAUUGACACCUAUUUCUCUUCUGAAGCAGAAGUGGAGGAAGGUCAGAAUAGUAUGAAUUUUCUAGAUUCGGAACAAUCGAUCCCAGCGGACGGAUUUUCUUUUCAGUAA